AUGCAUAACCAGAAAAUAUAUUAUACUAUUGAACUGCUUGCAGCCUCAUCGUCCCUAACGAUAUCAUGUGUGAUGCCGCGACUGAAGCACGGCCGAGUACGUCUGAAGCAGAGGGCCAGAAUCGCUAAGUUCGAUUGUCAAACGAAGUACCAACUUGUUGGCAACGUGUAUACCUAUUGUCGUGAUGGAGAAUGGGAUGUACCAUUUCCCGUUUGUGUUCGGCCCGGUUGUACGGUUCCUUCAAUCAAGAAUGGAGUUAGAAUGAGCCAGUUUGAAGAUGCCUGGAUCACGUACUUCUGUAUGCCAGGCUUCCAGCUCGUGGGCUCCCAGGUCAUCUACUGUGAUGGGACCAGGUGGAAUGCCUCUGCUCCGACCUGUGUUGCUACAGAUACCGUAGAGAGUCCCAAACUUAGCUGUGACUUUGAGAAUCCAGACCUCUGUGGAUGGAGGCAGGAUGAACUCCACGAUUUUGACUGGAGACGGCUGAAUGGUAACACACCAAGCACAUUUGUGUAUACGGGUCCUUCUUACGACCACACAUUGGGGAAAGGCAAAACUGGGUAUUAUAUGUAUAUAGAAAGUACAUCAAGAUUAGAAAAUGACACAGCGCGUUUCAUAUCACCGAUUUAUGAUACUUCAUAUGCAAAGGACGGGUGCUUUUCGUUUUGGUACCACAUGUUUGGAAAAACGUGCGGUGGAUUAAGAGUUUACCAGAAACCCGACAGUGUUGACAUAACUACUAUGCGUCAACCAGAGAACCGAGAUAAAUAUAUUCUAUUCGAGCAAUGGGGAAAUCUCGGUAACUUCUGGUUCCAAUCGGUAACGAAUCUCACUGAUGUCUCGGAAAGCUUCCAAAUUAUAAUAGAAGGCAUCCGGGGUUCAAGUUACACAAGUGACAUAGCCAUUGAUGACGUCUCGAUACUUCAAGGGGAGAAUUGCACUAAAGCAGCCAUGUCUGCUGUUACACCCAGUCCUCCUCUAGAUAUACCUGACACGUGUGUUGGACGCUGCUCGGUGUACGACCCAACGGCGGAAUCUCCUCAUAUGAGAUGUGGCUGUUCCAUCGCUUGCUUCUCCGAUCAUAACUGCUGUCCAGACUUCUUCGACGCCUGCAUUUUUGCGCCUGAUUCAACGAUGUUGGACGAAGUAUCUGCAAAUACAGAAGAAGCACCUCAAACGCAAAAACUUAUACAAACUACGCCUCAAACUACCUCGAAAUCUACAACCACUUCUACUACCACCACUACCACUACUACAACUACUACAACUACAACUCCCAAACCAACUACUAGGAGAACUAAACCGACAACUCCGAAACUGACAACACGAAAAAUAACCACAACCACUAAACCUCCACCCAAAACGACUCGUAUUUUAACCACUAAAACUACUAAACCAACCACUGUAACUACUAGAAAAACCACUAAAGUGUUUACAACAACUCCAAGUUCUCAUGGUAUAUCAAGAACCAUAGAUAACCAUAAUACAUAUCAUGAAUUAGUGGAAAAGGCGAAGAAGGAACAACGUAUUGAAACAAAAACGCUUCAUAGAGAAGAAACUGCCAAAUCGGGAAGCGCGUGGAAAAUCGUCCUAAUAUUAGGUAUAAUACUAUGCGCUGGUGGUGGUGUAUGGUUAUUAUACAUGGGGCGUUCGGUGCGCGGACGCAUCGCAAUCGCGCGGUUACGAAGCCGCGGGCAGAACGACCAAGAAGUCAGAUAUCUGUCUACUGAUGUUGAUGAUGAUUAA